CAAAGCGAAACAAAGCAGCAGCGCCCGUCAGACCAAAAAAUGGUUUGUUUAUAUUCUCUGUUGGGUAGGAGACGUAUAUAUAGUGUUCAUUUACAUACACCAACAGAAGCGAAAAAAACUUUUUUUGGCACAAUACCACACAGCACACACUCUCGUAUCUUUUUCAACAUACACAAUGUGCCAGUGAAUGCAGUAUUUGUGUACCACCAGUUUGCAGAAUAUCGGACAUAGCACAAAAUCGACCGCACACAAUAAAAUAGCAUAUUUUGACAUAACGAGUGAAUAAAAAGAGAAUAAAGCAUUCAGAAAAGUAAAAAAAUUGUUGCGUUUAAUCUUGGCCUACACUCGCAUGUAGAAUAGACUGAAUGCGUGUGUAAAGUGUGUGACCGAAAAAAAAGAACUAUUGCGCUUGAAUCUGUGAAUGGUUUCAUAAUAAUCGUCUCUUUCUCGAACAUCGAAUUGUUAGCAAUUAGAUAUUAAUCCGUGGAUUCAUUCAUUCGUGUGUGCUUUGUUUUAAAUUUCGGUCGAUGUGAUUGUUUGCGUGUGACGCGCAACAAUUCUAGGUUGACUUCAGUUCUACACCAUUUGAAAUGCUUUUUUUAUUAAUAGUAGUUGGUCGUCGCGUGUGAAUAGUUGUGAGCAUUGUGAUUGUUUAUUUCUUUUUUUUCUUUUAUUGUUUUGUGAACGCUGCGCUUUCGAUUGCACCAAGAAUUUUAAAACAUUAUACAAAUCGAUUUUCGUGCUUAUGUAGUUUGUCACACAUCAAAUUCGAAUCACUGAAGAAGACUUUGGCACCCAAAUCUAAAUUUAAUUACAGCGAGACUUAGAGAAAUGAUUCGAUUAAAAUUCAUUUGAACUUUGUGACGAUGAUCAUUGAACACAUAGAAUAGGCAACAGUGUGAUCACGAUUAUAAAAACCGACGACCAAUAAAAUCACUUUAUGUAAAUUAAGACGAAGAGCAAGUGUUUAUUAGUUGCGUGCCAAAGUUCUAUUUUACUUAUCGUCUUUAAUUGAAAUGGUUGUGUGUGUUUGUGUAUUUGCCAAAUGGAAAAUGUCAAGAAAGAAAGUGUUGCAAUAGAGAAAAUAAACGCGAAGCGAAUGUGCUUCAUUCAAUCGAAUUAUAUAUGUAGCGACGAAAAAUAAAAAGAACAACAUUCUAAUUGAUUAAAUGGAACGAGUGUCGUACAAACUAUAAAGACUGAAAAGGGCAACAACUUUUAUGAUCCGCUACAAUUUGUACAUUAUAUACAAAAUUUUCAUUUUUGUGCGAAUUUCAGUAUUCGUGUGAGUGUGGGUUUUGUUUUGUGCAAAACGCCAGUUGGAUGGUCUCCACGGAAACUGAUUGUAUUUCAUUUUAUCUGACUGCAAACCCCGUACAGAACACACACACACACACACACACAUCAUCCGUCAAAUUAUUAAGUAGAAAUAAUUGUUCGUGAAAAUCAAAAUGAGUGAACAUUCGAAUGAAAAUUCAUCGGCCGAGGUGAAUGUUGAGUCCAUAACGGAUCAAUCACAAUCGAGCACGACAACAGCAUCAAUUGCAUCAUCAUCGCCGGCUUCAUCGCUUCAAUCACUUUCGAUUGCCGCUCAAUCAAUCGAUGACCAUUAUUCAACCAAUCAGAAAUUUAAGAUUUCUUUCGACAAUCCAGAAAGAACCUACUACAGCGGAGACACUAUCCGUGGAACUCUUACACUGACAAACAAACAAAAGAAAAAAAUUCGAGGAAUUUAUUUUCGAAUCAUCGGCUAUGGAAAGGUUCGUUGGUCAGAUUUGUUACGACGUGAUUCAGUUGCAACUGAUGGCAAAGGUGAGCGGUCGGCCAUUACAUAUUGCACUGGCAACGAAGAGUAUAUCAAUACAACGAUGUACAUUGUUGGUUCGAAAAAUGGUCCGUCGUUCACAUUACCGGAAGGUAUAACGAGCUAUGACUUUUCAUUCAAUCUAAAAACGGAGCUGCCGUCAUCGUUCGCCGGUGGUAGUGGCAAAAUCAAAUACAAAAUGGAAUUUGUGGUUGACAAACCAUGGAAAUUUGAUGAAAAGCAAACAAUUGUAUUGAAUAUUGUUCAAACAGUGAAUUUGAACCAUUCGCUGAGCACUCUGCGACCGUUUGAACAUCAAUUAACCAGAACUAUUGGAUACAUUGGUUCUGGUCCGAUAAGUUUGCACAUUUACUUGCAAAAAUGUGGUUACGUUUCAGGGGAACGUAUACCGAUACAGGCCAUUGUCACAAAUCAUAGUAAAGUGCAUGUUGAAAAAUUGAAAUUUGCACUGAACAAAAUCGUCGAUUACCACAGUAAAUCACCUGGAUUGGCGGUCAAACGUGAAAUUCAUCGAUUGUUAAAGAAAGAGGCGGGCGGUGUUAGUAAGAAAACUGAGCAGAGAUAUGAGCAUAUGAUCGAUGUGCCAACGACAAUACCAACUCAAGAUUCAAAGACAAGCCGUUUGAUUCACAUCAAGUAUGAGCUGAAAGUGGAAGCUAAACUGAGCGGACUAUAUAAGAAUCUCAUGAUUUCGGUGCCUAUUACCGUGGGCAAUAUACCGCAUUCGAUAAGUGAUCGACCGCAAGCAGUUUUUCCACAACUGCCGGAUUUACCACCCGGUUUAAGUGUGCGAUUACCAUCGGCAUAUCCGAUUGAUUUUGAUGUUCGUCGCCUAAGUAUGUCUUCAAAUUCGAGCUUCCGCGUAGUAUCUCAUUCGUCACAAAGUGAUAGCAAUGCAUCAUCGUUGCGGUCGUCAAUGUACGAUCAAUCGACCUCGUCGAUGCUAAGCGUGCCAAAUUCAUCAUAUGCAUCAGCACACAAUGCCAAUCUAUCGACAUCAACACAAAACCUAUCUACGGGUAGUGAAUUCCAACCGUCUGCACCGCCAAUGGAUCUCAAUUCAACGCCAAUUCGACCAGCUUCGGUUUAUAUGGAUGCACCGCCAUCUUAUGAUGACGUCUUUGGCACACCAUCUACAUCAUUCAAUCAAACAAACUUCUCCAAUUCAUCACUAUACAAUCCGUCAAUUGCAAAAACAUAAUGUCGAUACGAUUUAGAGAAUUGAUUUGGCGUUUUAUUCAUUUGACGCAUUAGAACCAAAUGAAAAUAGUGAUUUUCUGCAACUUUUCCCUUCUCAACUAGAGAGAGAAAGAGAGAGAAAGAGAGAAAAGAGUCCAGUUAAUAUAGCAAAAAAAAGAGAAUAGAACAGUACUUGCUUAGCGAAUAUAGUUACACAAAUGUAUGACCAUAUAUUUAAAUGAUAUUUAUACAUUGUAGCCAAGUUAUGAUCAUUUAUAAGUUCUUGGUAUCGUUUCGUUUUUUUUUAUUCAAUGACCAUAGUGAACAAUAUUGUAUUUUGAACAGAAUUAUAUUUAAAAUACUUAGCGACCUUAACACUUAAACUACACGCUUCCAUAUUAAAAACGUUCUAGCAUCACUGUGGUACAUGAGUUGAUCUCUUGCCAUAUAAAUUUGUCACAUUUAACCCCAUAUCAUUUGCAAGCGCAAAAUUGUAAUUUAAGAUAAUCAAAGUUCUUUACAUGAAUCGAUCUAUUUCACAAUUUGAUAUCGAUCGAUAAAUUGAACUCCCACAAAACCGUUUUAAACAACGAUAAGUUGAAUACUCGUUUUUUAUUGAAAAAUAUACUCGCCAAAUCGAGUGAAAAGAAAAGAAAAAAGAAAGAUCACGACAUUUCAUCAUAUCAAGCGCAAAUACAUGUAAAAGUCCAUGAAUUCAAAGACUAAUUUUUUUAUGAUUUCAUUUUUGUCAUUACAAAUCGCUUAAUCAAAUUGUGUUUCAUCCAUAAGAAUUUCAUCAAACCAUUAU